CGCGUUGUGGAAAACGGUUCAGUUGUUCGGUGCAUUUCCACCAGUUGACAUCUCACAGCGGAAGCCGGAGCUGUGUUUCUACCAAAGGUUCGGGAUUACUUAUCUGCCUGCUGUCGGGCCGGGGGUUCUGUGCCUCUAACCCGGAGUUCUCAGUUUGUGUCUAGUGGAACUUUUUCGAAAGGAGUCUUGAAUAUUGUGUUGUGUCUUUGGUGUUUGGUGGAGGUGGCGGCCAGUGGCCCCCAGUUAAAGUGAUCUUACAUGGUGAAGUGGAAAAAUAUCAAGAACCAAAUUGACUCCCUACGCUUUCAGUGAAAAUGAAAUCCAGCAUCAAAAUUGCGCUCCCACCGGGCCAGCAGUGGGUAAUGCUGCUCGGUUUGGCCAUUUCCGCAGUGGCGGUCGGAUCUGUUCCCACAUCAGUCCUCACCAAUGUCAAGGAAGCGAACGCCCGUCAUGGUGGAUUGGAUGCGUCACAGUCUCAGCAGUCGCAACAGUCCCGAAGCAGUGCCACAUCAAAUCCCAGCGAGGUCAAAAAUCAAAUAUCCGUUCCCCAGAAGCGUGGAGUAAAUCCGUUGUUGUACACCGAUUUCGACUAUUCGGGCAAUUCGAUCCCCCAUGGGGGCAUGUGGGACGACCUGAACGCAAUGCCAUCGUCGUCGUCGGCCUUCGGCAGAGCACCCCUCACCGCCGCCGCCACACUCUUCCCCGACCAGCUGCCCGACAACCGGAUGCGGAAUUACGACCUCUUGGCAAGCUUACUCGGUCCACCGCCCCCGCCGACGCAAGGCUUCUACAGCGACCCGGUCACUCCAUCAGUCAGCUUCCCGUACGUGUUCGGUCGUCACGGAUUUGGCGAUAGGAGCAAACGAAUGGCCAGCAGCACAAUCGAACGGAACCCAUUGCGGUCGCUAAGACUAAAACGAAGCCCAUCUAAGCUGACGGCAGCUGAUGCCCUCUCGCUGUUGGCUCUGCUAGACUCCCGUGAUCCCUAUCCCUCGAUGUCGGACUACUUCCCGCUCGUGCCAGCCAACGGACCGAACGACGUUCUGCCCUAUCCGCCCAACUCCGUCUACCAGGAAAUUCCUCUCUCGCUGGCGUUGGCGCAACUAGGUGAAGCUUCCAGAAAUACGGCACGGUUGGCACCCUACAGCGAUGACGAGGGCGAGUGGAUGAACACGUGGACCCAGCCUGCCGUCGACUAUCUGGGCUUCCCGACGGACGUUGACACACUUUCCCGGCUGGAAAAUCUCGACACGAAACCCACCAAGAACGGAUUCUCCCAUCAGAAGCGAUUCAUGAUCACGAAGAAGAAACGCAGCGUGAGCCUGGACGACGAUGACGACUGCAAGAACGACGGCAAGAAAACCUGUCUGCUGCGAAAAUAUAGUCAAUUGGCAGCCACCAAAGUCGCCCCUGCCUAGACAGCAACUGGACCCAUUGGCAAACUCUACCCGGACACGAGACACUGAGUGUGUAAAUAUACGGAAAAUUGAAAAAGCAAAUAUAUACAUGAAAUACUGCAGCCUUUGGAAAGUCAGUCGAAGGGGUACUUUGGCUCUGUAGACUAUACUGUCGGAGUUGUGUCACCCCUCAAACGGCUGCCUCAGGUUGCACUACGGGAUGGAAUCAACGGCAACCAGCAUCGCAUCAACGGAAACUGGAUAAUGAAUUUAUCAAUAUCAUUAUUAUUGUGAAGAUACGGAUAGCAGAAAUUGUUUCCUCGUAUUUUCGUUUAAAAAUUCAUAAACAUACAUUGGGAAUGGAAUAACAUAACAUUGAAGGAAUAAAAGAAAUGUAAUUAUCAUGAUCCCAUAUACAUAUUUAAUCUCUUUCGGAUAUAACAAAUCAAACACUGUCCCGUUUCGAUGUUAUUCAAAAUUUGUAAAUGUAUCGUAAAAUAUAUCAUAUGGCUACCAUUGCAAAUGAAAACAAAUAUCAGACAUUUUAUAACAUGGAAAUCCAUGUAUAUUCAGAGUUCUACCAAUUGACAUCAUAAUUACUCAAUUUAGCAAUUAAAUAUAAACAUCACUAUGACAAAAUGCGAUAAGAUUGCGGUUCAGAGGUAAAAAUUUUAAUUACUAGAUAAAUGAAAGCUACAUUAUAUAACCCCAAGCAAAUGACAAGUAAAUAUCUAUCGUAUAAUGAUGCUGAUCGUUCAAAAUCCACAAUAAACAUUUAUUACCCAAACGAUGUCAACAGGCACAUCAGAGGCACAAUAGAAAAAUAAAUCAAUUGAAUCGUGAUUAUUUCUACAUUCAAAUCAAGCAGUUUUAUACCCUUAAGUUACCAAAUACCACCAUUAUGCCACGUAAUCGCUGUUUCGACAAACCAUCUGAGAAGCAGAUCGAUGCACUUUGAUCACGAGUUUCAAAUAAAAUGCCCUUGGUUGGAAAACAA